UUCAAACUCCCAAGAAAACCUCUUACUUUAUAUUGACUAGAGAUUACAAAUAGUCUCUACUAUUCUUCUUCACAUUUCUACUUUUAUGUUCUUAUCCCUAUAACCCCCUAUAUACCUUUUUCUUUAACAAAAAGCCUAUUCUGAACCCUUCCUUUUUAUACACAUGAAUACAUGCAAAUCAUAAGGUACUCAUGAUAUAAUCACAACACAUAAACCUUUAAGCUUUGAUUUUCUCUCUUUUCAAGAAAAUUAAAACUUCCCUUUUUUCAGUUCAAAAUCGAUAUGACAACGGAUACAGUACUUUCGACGGUCCCUGAUCUUUCUUUACAGAUCAGCUUACCAUCUUCUAUUUUAAAAAGUAAUCAGUUUAAAGAAGAGGUGAGAUUCGAUUCCACGACAGAUUCGGGUAGCAGUGCUAGUGGAGGAAGCGAUUUGAGCCAUGAAAAUACCGGUUUUUUUCAUCCGGAGAUCAAAAAAGUGUUUAAUCUUCCUUUUAUUCCGUCUUUUGAACCAACCCUAAGUUUAGGGUUCGGGCAAGUACCAAUAAAUAAAAAUUUUCAAUAUCAUCAUCAGCAUUAUCAGCCACAAAUAUACGGGCGCGAGUUCAAGAGAAGUUCGAGAUUGAUUAGUGGAGUGAAAAGAAGCGUUAGAGCUCCGAGAAUGAGAUGGACUUCAACUCUUCAUGCUCAUUUUGUUCAUGCCGUUCAGCUCCUAGGCGGACAUGAACGAGCAACACCAAAAUCCGUGCUAGAGUUGAUGAAUGUGAAAGAUCUAACCUUAGCUCAUGUGAAGAGUCACUUACAGAUGUAUAGAACAGUGAAGAGCACUGACAAAGCUACAGCUAAAGGGCAGGGAGAAAUUAAGAUAUUUUUGAACCAAAACAAUGGGAUUAAUAAUGGUGAAUACGAAAAAUCUUUUGAGGAGAUUGAUGCAUUAUCACAACCAAGUACCAUAUCACAAAAUAUGUCUCAUUUGAGGUGAGUGCAUUUGCAACUAUAUGACUUUUUAUUAUCUUCUGACUUUGUUUGAAAUUAUUAUAUUACAUUUAUAUGCUACAAACAUUUUCAUAUCUUCCAUUAUUACAAAUUGGAAAACAAGCUACUACUCUACUAUAUAUAUUAAUGGGUUACUGACAUGUACGCAUAUGAAAUAGAUAAGGACCAACCUAGGUAUAUCAAUCAAUAAUGAAAUUCGUGGUUAAUCUGUUACUAAAUAACUUGUUGGUAAUAGUUAAUCUAUCGUUAAAUAAAUUUAAUGGUAGAAGUUGUCUAUCAAACGAUAAAAAUUGUCAGUUGCUAAUUUCUUAGUUAACGAAUUCUUAAAUAUAGUAUUGUGGACAACUGUUUUAAGGCAUGUAUAUAUAGUUAUAUAUAGCAUAAUACUAUGUGAAGUAAUUAAUAGCAUCAUGUGGAUAAAUUAAUAAUCAAUUGGAGGGGGAAGCAGACAUGCACAACCAAAAAUGCCUU